AUGAUCGGCACCUCGACCGCCGAGUACAUUUUCAUACGUGCCUGCAUCCUGGGCCUGCGCUCAGUCACCCCGCUUGCCCUGCUCUACUGUCUCGCCCGUGUUGUGCGCCCCCACGCCUUUCACCUGCCAUUGAUCUUCGACAUCUGGGCCGCCGCCGAGGCCGCCUUCUACUUCUUCUUCUACCUCCCGCGCAAGCGCCAGCUGCAAAAGGCCGCCGUGCACCCGCCCGCCCCGACCCGCGACCAGCGCGCCCGCCUGUUCAGCCGCUGCAGUGACCAUGUCCCCGACUUCGAGCGCUACCUGCGAGGAUGGUUCAUGGGCGCCCCGCUGUCCGAGAUCAAACGGGAGAACUUGAGAGAGUUCCUUGCCUGGGCCUUCCUGGACACCGCCGACGUCCACUCCCUGGACGGCGACGAGUUUGACGGCUACAUGCGUGACGUCGAGGCCCGUCUCGGGAAGCCCAUCGAGAGCGGCAGAGGGAAAGCAAACGCUUUGCGCCUGUCGCUCGACCAAGUCCGCAUGACACACCGGUCUUUGCUGUGGUACCUGUGUGUCUUUGUCGUCGACGCAAUAGCCUCGACCCGCCUGUGGUACUACCAGUUCGACUACCACCGCACCCGCCGCCGCCACUGGUACUCGGUCCUACCGCCCCGCCCCCACAACCUCUUCGCCAAACACAUCUCGCCCUCCCGCUCUAUCACCUACUGGCACCGCCCUCACGCCGCCAAGGACAUGCUCCCCAUCCUCUUCAUCCACGGCAUCGGCAUCGGUCUGUAUCCCUACGUGAACAUGCUAUCCGAAAUCAACGUCCCCUCCAGCACCCGCCGGACCCGCCACGACAUCGGCAUCAUCGCCAUCGAAAUCAUGCCCAUCAGCUUCCGAAUCACCACAUCUCCCGCCCUGCGCAAGCGCGAGAUGUGCGCCGAAAUUGCCCGGAUCCUUGCCUUCCACGGCUGGGAAAGAGUCGUCCUGGUCUCGCACUCAUACGGCAGCGUCGUCACAACCCACAUGCUGCACUCGCCGCUCCUCUCCCCCGCCAUCGCCUCCCUCCUCCUCAUCGACCCCGUCACCUUCCUCCUGCACCUCCCCGACGUCGCCUGCAACUUCAUCAUCCGCAAGCCCCGCCGCGCCAACGAGCACCAGCUCUCGUACUUUGCGAGCCAGGACAUGGGCGUCGCCCACACGCUGUCGCGCUGCUUCUUCUGGAGCGAGAACAUCAUGUGGAAGGAGGACCUGGCCGGCCGGGACGUCACGGUGAGCCUGUCGGGGAGGGAUCUGAUCGUCGACACGGAGACGGUGAGGGGCUAUCUGAAGGGGGAGGGCAAGUGGGAGGGGAAGGCGAGCGAGGGGAACGGCGUGGAUGGGAAGAGGAGCGAGUUGGAUGUGCUGUGGUUCGAGGAUCUGGAUCAUGCGCAGGUGUUUGAUACGGCGGGGAAUAGGAGGAGGCUGAUUAAUGUGCUGGAGAGGUAUUGUGCGAGGGUGUAG